UAUCAGAGACGUCGUAGUUUCAGUGGCAUUAGUAUCAUCAGCAGCUUCAGCAUCGUCACCAGCAUCUAGCAUAAGCAGCGGGAAUAUAAGGAAAAUCCGUAGCAGAAGCAUGGUUGCGGUGGCGAUUAGCGAUAGCGUGACAAUUCCAACUAAUCCGUCCAUGGCCUUAAACAGUACUGUGGUGGUUACGAGAACCACCACCAGCGCUAGCACCACUACCGCAGCUAAGCCCGACCAACACGUCUACAAUUCCACGAAUUACCUCUCCGACCAGGAUGACCUAGAAUACAGUAUACUGGCAGCCUUUUCAGACAUGCAGACAGUAUUUCUAGCGUGUAUUUGCACGCUAUUACCGCUGAUUGUCGCACUGGCAAUAGCGUUCGGAUUAAGACAUGCAUGGCGUAAAUAUAGACUUAAAAGAAAUGGAACAAGUGAUUUACCCUGGUAUCGAGGUGUUUGUUCACGUGACGAUACCGCAGAAUCACUUCAUCAUAGACCGCAUCGAAAUAGCAUCAGCAUCCAGCCUGCAACAAGAAUUUUAUCAGCCCAAGAUUUGGUGAACGGUCUCAAUGGACCAAGGUAUAUCUGUGAGACGGAAGUAAUGGAGGAAGUAGCACUCGCAGCUGGUAAUGGGGAGUUCGCAUCCCCUGGGAAUCACACGAGCAAAAACGCCAACGGCAACAUCAUCACCCUUACACUAAAGAAUAACCACCUCAUCGUCGAGACGGAAGAGCGAGCUAUGACAAUGACAGACAAUUCGUUUGUCGUUGAAGUACAACCUAAAUAUUUGAAGGAUGAUGUAGAUAUUAUCAACAAUGGAUCAAUUGAUGAUAUUACGGGAAGAGUAACUGAUCAACAGGCUCUUGUUCAUCGUGAAGAAAUUCCUGAAGAUCAUUCUUUAGAGUUUAGUACCACAAAGUUAUUUGGUAGUAUCAACACAGGAUUAUCUCAAUCGGAUCUCUCGAUAGCCAGUCGUGGUUCAGUUAACCACAGUUACCGCUAUGGGAAUCAAAUGGAGUACGAUGCUGCCCAGUUAGGAUAUAUGUAUGAAGACAGUAAUUACAAGAAUGACCUUCUGUCCCGAGACUUAGAAGGCGUUCCCAAGUGGGUGGAGUUCGAUAAAUCACCUGACACCGAGAAAACACUCUUAAAUGAUUGCGAAAACUCUAGUUUCAACAAAGACACCACUGAAUACGUAAGAAAAAAACUCAACAAUCUUGACAGUUCGUUAGACUCAAAUUCAUCUCUCGAGCAUCAAGAUUCAACAGACGCAAGUAAUUCAACGGAUACUGUCAGAUCAAAUCCAAAUUUGCAAGUUAACGGUGCCACUCCAAAUAAACUUGAAAGUAUGGAACGUAAAAGUUUGAUCGGUGAUUACGAUAAACUUGAGCACAGCCACCAGACUUGUAAUAAAACCAAACCAAUAAUCACCGGCGCACUUUUCAAAGAUGAUAAACACGACGAUAUAAUAUUAUCAAUAAAUGAUAAUAAUAUGAAUAACAAAUUAGGUAACGGUACUCUAUUAUCACCCACAGAGUUAAAUAAAACUUUGAAAACAUUGUGCGGUGAAGAAAAACCUGAGGGCAGCGUUUUUGUACCCUGUCAUAAACGUACUAAUAGUAUUCCUCCACGACUUAUUGAGGAUACUCUUGAUAUCGAUCGUAAAAAAGGUAUCGAUAUAUAUAGUCAAAUAAAAACUAGUAUAUUACCGGGUUUAAAUCCCAAAUUUGAGUUAUUACAAAAUGAAGUUAGUCCAAUUGACGAAAAAGAAAGUUAA